UUCACAUUGUGCAACGACGCUCCCACAAAGGCGGCUACGUGAUGCGUCAUUGUGUUGGCUUGUAGUCGUGACGCCAGUCUCGCGUGAUGAGAGCCGCGCUGUGGGGUUAUUCUGUAAGACAGGAGGCUAGGACCCUGCACUUAGCACAGUUUUGCGGCAGCUGUAAGUAGCGAUCCGGGACUAUCUAUUCUGAUUGGUCUGAUCCUAGAUUUGGCUUUAUUGCUCUUUACUGUACCUGGAGACUAUGAGCAAUGGGUCUGUCUCUCCAUUUUGUUGUUGAUCCUCAGGGAUGGUGCUGUGUGGGGGCUAUCUUCUUCAUCUGGCUCUACAAUACACUAUUUGUUCCAAAGCUUAUUCUUUUUCCCCGCUUUGAGGAGGGACACAUUUCAAUUGCUGCUAUAUGGGCUUACUACCUGACCUCAAUUUUUUGCGUUAUUUCACUUUUGAGAGCCUCAACUGCAGAUCCUGGUAAACUUCAAGACACGCCAAAAAUCCCUCUUACAGAGCAAGAAUUAUGGGAAUUAUGUAACAAAUGUAAUAUGAUGAGACCAAAGCGAUCCCACCACUGCAGUCGCUGUGGGCACUGUGUCAGAAGAAUGGAUCAUCACUGUCCAUGGAUAAACAACUGUGUUGGAGAAGACAACCAUUGGCUGUUCCUGCAGCUCUGUUUCUACACCCAACUUUUAAGUGGCUACACUUUGGUCCUGGAUUUUUGCCACUAUUAUUACUUCUUGCCACUUAAAGCCAUUAAUUGGGAUAUGUUCAUAUUUCGACAUGAACUGGCCUUGCUUAGGAUAUCCACUUUUAUGGGCAUUGUCAUGUUUGGAGGCAUGUGCAGUCUUUUCUACACACAGAUAAUGGGCAUAUUGACGGAUACAACGACUAUAGAAAAAAUGGCAAACUGCUGUGAUGAAAUUAUACUGGCCGAUAUCACCACGGAUAUCAGAUGGAUCUUCACAGAUCGAGAGCUCGAAAGCCAUGGCAGCAGACCUUCUCAGAAGUUUUUGGCACUCGCUGGAAGAUCCUGUGGUUCAUUCCUUUCAGGCGGAGGCAACCACUGCGAGUCUCCUACUACUUUGCCAAUCACGUCUAAACAGAUGGAUGGUGGGCACAGAUGGGUUCGCCAUGCUGGAAGCAAGUUACAGGUUUUAUCAAAACAGUGCUAUGACAGUCUUCAAGUCAAUUAUAAUCCACCCACCAAUCUUCGGCAUCACAAAGUGCCCCAGGCUUUGUUUUAAUAGUGAUCUCAAUGCAGUAGUGGGAACUGUAUAAGAUAUGUAUUUGUGUUGAAGGUUAUAUCCUUUUUUGUUGUCCUUUUCCCCUCAGGACACGACUCCCUCAGGCUAAGAACUUAAAAACACGGAUUGCGGUUUUUUAAAGUUAUGCUUUUUUUUUUUUUUUUUUUUCAUUUUUAAUCUUUCUUGUUCGCGAUGCACUGUUUUUAAUGAAAUGAAAAAAGUUUAUUUCUCCUGUGGAACAAAUUUUUUUUUUUUUUUUUACAUAGUACAGUGAGAAUGGCUUGAUUUUUUUUUUUUUUUUACCAAAUAUUUUCUGGACUUGUGCUGGUCAUAAUGUAUCAUGUAUGAAUAUCCUGGAGACCAAUUGUUGUUUUUCAUAUUGUGACGUUUCUACAAACAAAGGAAUUACACAAAAAGUUGCCAUUAUUUAUAUUUCUAGUAUGUAUAUUUUGCUACUUGUUUCCCCUUUUGUGAAAUCUGUUCUGCUUCAGAGUAGUUUCUAAC